GAGGGAUCACAUCUGUCAGAGUCUAGAUGACUGAGUGAUCUUGAAUCAACUUGGAAGAUGAAUUUCAACGUUUUAAUGACUGUUUUGCUGUUCAGCGACUUGAUUUUGGCUCAAGAUGUUAGUAAUGCUGCUGAAGCAGAAAUAUCUAUUGAAACACAGUCAUGCAAUCCUGACAUGUGUGAUCUUCUGAGAGAGUUUGGUCCAAUGACAGAAAAACUCAGAGCGGUGGAAACCAGGCUGAAGGACAGUGAAACCAGGAUGAAGGACAGCGAUACCAGGCUGAAGGACAGUGAAACCAGGCUGAAGGACAGUGAAACCAGACUGAGGGACAGUGAAACCAGACUGAGGGACAGUGAAACCCAGAUCCUGGAACUGAGGAGCAAAGAAAGUACCAAGGUGAUUUUCAGUGCAGCAACAGGAGGAGGAUUAAACAACAUCGGACCCUUCAACACAAGCACAACUUUAAUCUACAGAACAGUGAUAUCAAACAUUGGUAAUGCCUACAGUCCAUCCACAGGUAUCUUCGUUGCACCUGUUGCAGGUGUUUAUUACUUCACCUUCUUCUAUCAUGCUGGAGGAACAAAUCAGGCAAAUCUGAAUCUGUACAAGGACAAUAAACUGAUAGUCUGGACCGGUGAUGUCAAGUCAACAUCUGACCAAACUGAUAAUGGAGGAAACGCAGUGUUCCUGCAGCUGCAGCCAGGAGACCAGGUCUAUGUGCGCAUGGAUGCAAAUUCAUGGGUUUGGGGAACUGACACCCAUACAACCUUCAGUGGUUUUCUAGUCACUCAAAUGUGAUGAUCUAUACACUGUAUAUCUGUUCAUUCCUGCUUGAAUAUGGAUGUAAAAGUCUCAGAUCACUACAAUAAAUAAUGUUUAAAUCUGAUGAAUCAGAA